CAGCUCCAUUGCCAUCUCGUCCAACUACAUCUCAAGGAGCGCCGAGCAGCAGGUCAUCGCCACCGUCGCGCCGGCCAUUGUUCCUGACAUCGACGGCCAGGGCGCGCAGCCGUUCCUCACCUCGCCCUCCGGAUCGUACGCCGCGUACCUCCGCCGCGCCGUGGACGGCGCCGGCGGCCUCGGCGGGGACGCGUGCUAUGUCCAAGUCCAGCAAGAUGGCGCCAGCGGCAGCGUAUGGGAGUCGGACUGCACCCCGGUGGGUGGAGCUGACGCGUGCGACCUGUCGUUCUCGCCGGUGGGCCUCGAGCUCUUCGCCGGAGGGCACUCGUUGUGGGACACCGGGGUCGACGCCGAUCCGGGAACGCUGAGCCUUGACGACGGCGGCGACAUGAAGAUUGUUAGCAAGGAAGGUGUGACGGUGUGGACGGCAAGCGGCGAGCCAUGGACUGGGCAACAGUGCGGGGCGCCCUUGCCGGUGUCAACGACCGCGCCUUCAAUGGAGGCGCUCCCACCGCCGUCGACUGCCACUGCCACUGCCAGCACAAAACUCGUGACGCCACCAGCAGCGACUCUUGCUGGUGCGGGGAGCGCGGACUCUCCUUACGGAGACCAACCAGCGCCGCCACCUGUCGACACGUUGCCGGACUUUCCGGGCCAGCCGCCAGUUGACACGGCACCGGAACAGCCACUGCCACCGCCGCCAGCAGACGCGUCUCCCGCCUUGCCGGACCUGUCGCUGCCACCGCCGCCAGCUUACACGCCUCCCGACUCGCCGGACCAGCCGCUGCUGGCACCCCCACCAGCUGACAUGUUGCCGGACGAGCCGCUGUACUCGUCGCCGCCUCCAGCUCCAGCCACCUUUGGCCCUCAAACGCCAUUAUUGCCACCAUUCGGCGUGCCACUCGCCGCCCCGCCGACCGGCGACACAGUCCCGGACACGGCCACGCCAUCUGGCGAGCCAGGAUCGCCUGGCCGCGUGCCUUUCUCGGGACCAUCUCCUGUCGGCAUGCCGCACCAGCACGGGCAUCCACACCAGCAGCCCCUUGUAGGCUCGCCGCCGCUGCCGGACGCGCUGGCGCCGGGCGUCCACGGUGCGGGAGCCGGGCAGCCCGGUGCCCCCUUCGGCCAUGGGCAGCAGCAGGCGGGGCAGGGCGUGUUCGGCCAGCAGCCGCAGCUGCUCAACGGCGAGGGGCAGCCGUUGGAGGACAGCGCCGCCGGUGGGUGGUCAAGAACAAGAAGCGAGAGCGGCAGGGUGGCCGCGUGCGUGGCCUUGUUCGGUCUCAUGACGUUGGGCUUUGCCUUUUAGUUUGUUUCCCUUUUGUGUUGUGUUUUGGUUUUUGGGAUUGCAUGGUCAUUUCUGUAGUACUCCUUCCGUUUCUUUUUAUUUGUCGCUGGAUAAUGUAAAAUUGCACUAUCCAGCGACAAAUAAAAAGAAACGGAGGGAGUACUGUUUAUUCUCCAUUGGUCUGAUAUGACUUAUGAGGGGUCUGUCUUUUGUGGAUUGUAGUAAAAAAAUUGUGUGUAAAACCUGUCAUAUGGUGCGCUGUCUGAUUCAUUCUGUAGGAUAGCAUGAUCUACCGUAUGUACAUCUGUCAAUCUGUGUAUUAUCGUGUGUAAAUGUCAAAUUUAAGCGCGAUUUGCGGUUGUACU